AUGUGGCUGCUGGUGGCGUUGGUAUGGGCAGGUGUCGGCCUGUGCCGCAUGUGGUUCGGCUUGCGUACGUGGGCUGAGAGCGAUGUGCCUGUGUACAUGCGCGCACGUUCCCAGGGCUACGAGCCGUACUACGGCACAGACGGAGCACGUGGCGCUGUGUCCUGUGAGCUGGACGUGUGCUCCAAUGUGGGUGUCUACCUCCUCGACAAGGGCGGCUCCGCAGCGGACGCGGUGAUCGGCGUAGCAAGCUGCGUCGGUGCGAUCGACUUGUUCCACUCGGGCAUCGGUGGCGGUGGCUUUGCGCUCGUCAAGACGCAUGGAAACGACCCGAUCAUGCUCGACUACCGCGAAACGGCCCCGGCUCAAGCGCAUCGGGACGUUUUCGUGGGUAUGCCUGCGAAUGCGUCCAUCUUUGGCGGGCUGGCCGCGGCUGUGCCUGGCGAGGUGCGUGGCUGGGAGCAGCUGCACAAGUUGUAUGGUCGUCUGCCAUGGCACGAGAUUCUCGCACCGGUUGUGACGAUCACGCGCCGCGGAUUCCGCGUGCCGUCGCAGCUGUAUGACAGAUUGCUGCUGUUCGAGGGCCCUAUCUGCGAGGAUUCUGCACUCGGGCGCAUCUACUGCCCUCACGGACGCCUUGUCCAGACGGGCGAGGUGAUCCGACUGCCGGACUUGGCACGGACCUACGAAGCGAUAGCGCGGCACGGGCCUGAUGCGAUGUAUGCGGGACCGAUCGCUGAGCGGAUGGUCAAAGCGGUCCAAGCGGCCGGCGGCAUCAUGACGAUGGACGAUCUGCGGUCGUAUCGCGUGAUGGUCCGCAUGGCUCGGUCCAUCACGUACCGCAACGCGUAUCGCAUUUGGGCUACGAGCAUGCCCAGCUCGGGCAGCGUGGUGCUCUCUGCUUUGAAAACGAUGGAGCACUUUCCCGAUAUGCCGUACGAUCCGCACGAUGCGCUGCACACGCACCGCCUCAUUGAGGCGACCAAGUACGCGUAUGGCGAACGUACGCGGUUCGGUGAUCCGGCCUUUGUGUCGAAUGUGACGGACAUGGAGAACCGAAUGGUGUCGGCUGAGAAUGCCGAGACGCGCUUCCGGAGCAUUCGUGAUGCCUACGUGCAUCCCGUCGAAGAAUAUGAUCCGCUGCAACUGGAUAUCGUGUCGGAUCGCGGCACGUCGCACAUGAAUGUCGUCGAUCAGGACGGCAUGGCCAUUGCGGCUACGACGACCAUCAAUGGCAUUUGGGGCAGUACUGUGCUCACGCCCGAUGGCAUCCUCAUGAACAACGACAUGGACGACUUUUCCUCGCCGGACCGCUCAAAUCAGUUUGGGUACGUGCCGUCGCAUGCCAACUUUAUUGUGCCGGGCAAGCGACCGCUCUCGUCCAUGUCGCCGAUCAUGGUCGAGAACCGGCAUACGGGCGCGCUCGAGCUGAUCGUUGGGUCGUCGGGCGGUUCGCGCAUCAUCACGGCCAACAUCCUCACGGCGUAUGCGUACCUCUCGCACCACGGCCAAGUGUCCAUGGACGAUGUGAUUGCCCGUCCCCGGUGGCACGAUCAGCUGCUGCCGCCGGUGACCGUGUUUGAGUAUCCUGGCGCUCAGACGCCAGGGUUCGACAAUGCGACGGUUCGUGCGCUCACAGCCAAAGGACACCGCGCGGCGUACACGGCCCCGGGCUUGUCGAAUGCGCAGGCGAUUCAGCACACACACGCCGGUUUGUGGCAUGCGGCGUCCGAGCGGCGGCAGUAUGAGGCGCGAGGAGCUGCGAUCUAG